AUGGCGACCUUCACCAAGAUCGCAGAGGAUGCUCGCCCCAGCAUCACGCUGAACCCCUCCCAUGUCGUCUCCAAAAUCGAUGACAAUGUCUAUGGUGGCUUCACAGAGCACAUGGGAAGAUGUAUCUACGGUGGCAUCUACGACCCUGGCAACCCUCUUUCUGAUGAGAACGGUUUCCGAAAGGACGUUAUUGAGGCUUUCAAGGAACUCAACUGCCCCGUUGUGAGGUACCCAGGUGGCAAUUUUGUUGCUACUUACCACUGGAUUGACGGCGUCGGUCCCAAGGAAAACCGUCCCAAGAGGCCUGAGCUGGCUUGGAUCGGCGUCGAAAGCAAUGAAUUCGGAACAGACGAGUUCAUGAAGUGGUGUGAGGUUGUUGGCGCUGAGCCUUACCUGGCCCUCAACUUUGGCACUGGCACGCUUGAUGAGGCUCUUGCUUGGGUUGAGUACUGUAACUCUGACAAGGACACCUACUAUGCCAACCUCCGCCGUAAGAACGGACGUGAGAAGCCUUACAACGUCAAAUACUGGGCCUUGGGCAAUGAGUGUUGGGGCCCCUGGCAGGUCAUGCAAAUGACCAAGGAGGACUACGCCAAGCAGGCUUACCAAUGGGCGAAGGCACUCAAGCUUCUCGAUCCCUCUUUGGAACUGAUCCUCUGCGGCGAAACUGGCUUCAGCAGCUGGGACACAUAUGUGAUUAAGGAGUGCAUCACAUGGAGUUUGCAUGGUCUCGGUGGUAGCACCACUGCGUCGUUGAUCGACAUGCACAGCAUCCACCUUUACACUGCAUCGGAAGACCAUCUGAAGAAUGCUACAGCACCCAGAGCCGCCGAGCGCGCCAUUGAAAUCACUGGCAGCCUUAUCGAUCUGGCCCGCAUUGAGAACAAGGUGCCGCCCACAUGCAAGAGACAAAAGAUUUGCUUCGACGAGUGGAAUGUUUGGGAUCCCGUCAGAGCACCUGGUGAAGAGGGUGCUGAGGAGGCAUACACACUGUCUGACGCUCUGGCCGUCGGUGUUUGGCUCAACGUAUUUGUUCGUCAGGCAAAGUACGUUGGCAUGGCCAACAUUGCUCAAUCUGUUAACGUCAUCUCUCCCUUGAUGACCACGAAGGAAGGUAUCACCAAGCAAACUACUUGGUGGCCUCUGUUGUUGUUCAGCAAGUACAUGAGAGGAUCUACCAUCGCCACCCACGUGCGCGCUCCCGAGUACGAGGGCGCCACCGAGCCCGUCUGGAUCCGUGGCGCCAUCGAGACUCCUUACCUCGACGUCAGUGCCACCAUCGACGACAACGGCUUUGUCAACUUGGCUGUCGUCAACGUCCAUGAGACCAAGGGAUUCUCCGUCGAUCUCGAGGGUGUCAAAGAGGGUGCCGAUGUUCAGGUUUACACCGUCACUGGCGAGAAUGUCAAGGUCGUUAACACCGGCGACAAGAACCCUGUCGGUAUCACUGAGAGCAAAUGGGAUGGCAAGGGCCCGUACGAAUUCGCCAAGGCCUCAGUCACCCUGUUGAGAUGGAAGCACUAG